AUGGUCACGGGAGAGAGAAUCCAAGCCUUGGCCUUUGCGGGGCUCAAAGAGCUCCCAGCACAAUUUGUUCGACCGGACCACGAACGCCCCGAGAACACCAAAGCCGUCGAGGGCGUCACCGCACCCAUCAUCUCCCUCUCUCAGCCGCGCAAUGUUGUGGUUAAGGAGAUGGCUGCGGCCGCCUCCGAGUGGGGCUUCUUUCUUAUUACCGAUCACGGGAUAUCGCCCGAGUUGAUUCGACGGCUUCAAGAGGUCGGCCGAGUAUUUUUUGAGCUCCCUAUAGAGGAAAAGGAGGCCUAUUCGAAUGACCCAUCUCAUGGGAAGUUUGAAGGUUAUGGGACUAAGAUGACUAAGAACCAUGACGAAAAGGUUGAAUGGAUAGACUAUUUUUUUCACGUCAUGGCUCCUCCAUCUAAAGUUAAUUACCAAUUCUGGCCUGCAAAUCCUCCUACAUACAGAGAAGUAACUGAAGAAUACAACAAGGAAGUGUUGAGAGUGACUGAGGAGGUGCUUGAACUGCUCUCGGAGGGACUAAGCCUGGAAAGGAAGGCAUUGAAGGGGAGUUUGGGAGGAGAUGAAAUAGAGUUAGAAAUGAAGAUAAACAUGUAUCCGCCGUGCCCACAACCCGAGCUAGCUCUCGGAGUUGAGCCUCACACUGACAUGUCUGCUAUCACCGUACUUGUCCCCAACGAUGUUCCAGGCCUUCAACUCUGGAAAGACGGCCAUUGGGUGGCGGUCGAUUACUUGCCAAAUGCGCUAUUCACUCACAUCGGUGAUCAGAUCGAGAUCCUAAGCAAUGGGAAAUACAAGAGCGUUCUUCACAGGAGCGUGGUGAACAAGGAAAGCACACGCAUGUCUUGGGCGGUGUUCUGUGCGCCGCCCCCCGAGACGAUGAUCGGACCUCUCCUGGAUCUCGUCGACAAGACGAACCCGCCAAAGUUUUCGACCAAAACAUAUGCCGAGUUCCGAUAUCGCAAGUUCAACAAGCUCCCACAGUGA